UUUUCCUCCUAGUGCGCAUAAACCGGCCUCACGAACAUGCGCUUGCCCCACUGGUCAUUUAAGAGAUUAGGGGGGCGUGCUGAGUUCUCAAGUGAUUCGUUACGUCGUUCGCCCUGUGGUUCGCCGGCUUCGUUCCGUACGCACAAAGACAUGGUGAAAAAAAUUGUGACAAGGUCUUUCGAGGAGUUCCAAGAUGCAGUCAAAUCGCUGAAAACCAAAGACGCUAAAGAUAAUCAAGAUUUGGUGCUGUGCUUCUUCGCUGGCUCAGAGGAUGCAAAGGGCAAUAGCUGGUGCCCCGACUGCGUUGCAGCAAAACCCAUUCUGGAAGCAGCGCUCAAAAAGGCCCCUGAGGAAACGACACUGAUCAUGUGCUACAUUGAGAGAGCAAUCUGGAAAGACAUGAGGAACCCAUUCAGAACUGACAAAGAACUCGAGUUGAAAUGCGUUCCAACACUGAUCCGAUGGGGUACAGCUCGGAGGUUAGAUGACAUACAGUGCCAGGAAAAGGACAUGGUUGAGAUGCUCCUUGAAGAAUAAGCAUUUCAGCAAUGCUUACACAUGCAAAAAUAAAGCUUGACUUGUCUCAAACA